CACUGAACCAGGCGGUUCAAUCACAGCACUGAAACAUUAUCAACGUGAAUAUGGACAGGGAGAUCAGGAUCGUCAGGACUGCUUCGUUCUUAACUGUUAACGGGAAUACAUCAGCUGCCUGCAGACAUUUUCUCUGAAUUUUCUUGACCCUUGGCUGUGGGGUUGUGAGCAGCUACCAUGACAUACAGCAACUCCAGCUCUCUGACAGCCAACCUCAGUGGGGCUCUGGAUGGCUACAACUCUGGAGGAAACCUUUACCGGCCAUUUUCCGUUUUCAGUGUCCUCACUCUCACUUUACUGGCAAUGCUGGUGGUGGCCACCUUCGUGUGGAACUUGUUGGUGCUGGUGACCAUCCUGAGGGUGAGGACAUUCCACCGGGUGCCCCACAACUUGGUUGCCUCCAUGGCCAUAUCGGAUGUGAUGGUAGCCGCGCUGGUUAUGCCGCUUAGCCUGGUCCACGAGCUAAAUGGCAGGCUGUGGAAACUCGGACGAGUGCUCUGUCAGGUGUGGAUCUCGUUCGACGUGCUCUGCUGCACGGCCAGCAUCUGGAACGUGACAGCCAUAGCUCUGGACCGCUACUGGUCUAUCACCAGGCACCUGGAGUACACGCUCAAGACUCGAAAAAAGAUCUCGAACGUGAUGAUUGCCCUUACAUGGCUGCUAUCUUCCAUAAUCUCCCUGUCACCGCUCUUUGGCUGGGGAGAGACGUAUUCAGAAGGGAUGAAGUGUCAAGUGAGCCAAGAACCAUCCUACACCAUCUUCUCCACCUUUGGGGCUUUUUACCUCCCACUUUGUGUGGUUCUGUUUGUCUACUGGAAGAUCUACAAAGCUGCCAAGUUUCGGAUCGGCUCUCGGAAGACAAACACAAUCACACCCAUGGCUGAGGUAAAGGAAGAAGCCCAACAGCCGCAGAUGGUGUUUACCGUUCGCCAUGCAACCGUGACCUUCCAGACAGAUGGGGACACAUGGCGGGAGCAGAAGGAGAAAAAGGCAGCACUUAUGGUUGGCAUUUUGAUCGGCGUGUUUGUGCUUUGCUGGAUCCCUUUCUUUAUCACCGAGCUCAUUGUGCCACUGUGCUCUUGUGACAUCCCACCAAUUUGGAAGAGCAUCUUUCUUUGGCUGGGAUACUCAAAUUCCUUUUUUAACCCACUUAUUUACACUGCCUUUAAUAAGAACUACAACAACGCCCUAAGGAACCUCUUCUCCCGACAGCGCUGAGCCGGUCUGUUCGCUUGGCGGUCGUGCUGCACCAGCUCGCACAGUUCCCCCCCCCGGCCAAACUGAUCUGUCUGUCAUUUCAUCAUCUCAUCAAAUAGGUGAUAACCAGAAACUGUGUCUAAGAAGCUUUAGUCGGCAUCAGUACUGUUAUUGUCAAUGUGUUUUGUUUAUUAAUAUGGAGAGAAAACGUCUGUCUCCAUUUUUAAAGUGAGGAAAUUAUUUGACAGACGCCGGAAAAAGGUAUUUGGCACCUUACAGAUUUCUUCUGUUCUUGCUUUUUUGUGACUUGUAUAUGUUUCAGAACAUCAUACAUGUUUUAAUACCAAUAUUGCCACAGUAUUCAAAGACAGGCAGUUUUCAAAUGAUGAUUUUGUUUAUGGCAGUAUUUUAAAAAGCAAUGCAAAUUAUUAUUUCCCUAUGGGAAGAAGUAACCACCCACCUUGCUAAAUUAUGAAUUAAAACUGAUUAACCACAAUUCAAUUUCACUAGCCAGACCUGGUUUCUGCGAGACAGAAUCAAAAACAGCACUUCAAUAGAAACUGUUGGACAGCAUGACGUAGGCUAGAAGGUCUCAAAAGCAACACAUCAUGCCUCAGUCCAAACAAAUUCUAGAACAGAUGAAAAACAAAUUCAGCAUUAUUAUCGAUAUGUCUGAAAAGGGUUAUAAAGCCAUUUCUAAGACUUUGUGACUCCAGCAAAUCACUGUGAGAGCUAUUGUUCACAAAUGAAGAAAACAUGCAGGUGUAGGCAUAGAGACACCCCCAAGAUGUGAUAUUAUACCUGUUUCAGGUCAUACUGUGCUACCAGCAGUAAAUUGUGUUUUCAACAGAAUAUCUGACAAAUUAUAUGACAAUAAAGAGACAAAUUAUUCUUUUCUGCUAGCUGACAUAUUAAAAAAGUGGAGUUAUCACUUUUAUGACAAGCUUUGAUUAAGCAGCAUAUUAUGGUGACACUUUAUUUAAAGACACGAUUCUGAACUGAAACCUAAUUUUGAAGACGCCAUGCCAUAAUAAUUCUUUCCUAUAACAAUGUUAAUAUUUGAAUGUAUUAUUAUUCGAUUGUUAAAUACUUCAGAGAAUUUUUCUCUUACUUUGUGUAAAAUGUUUCCUUUUUGAUGAGGAUAGAUUUUGUAACCCGACCCCUAUGUCACAUAUUCAGUAUGUGUCUGCUGCUGUUUUGAUUUGCCCUUGCUGAUCUGAACUUCCGGAAAGAGAGAUACUUUUUUCUAGCUGAGAAGCUAGAUUGAUGUCUUUGAUGGAUGACUUCAACAAGACAAUGUCGUCUGUUGAACUUUCUUAUCAAUUGCUCCCACAUAAUUGGAGAAAACGCUGUUUGUGUCAGCCCUUUCUGCUUUAUUUCUGUUUCUGCGUGUUGCAUUCUAAUGUAGGGAAACUUGCCAAAGCAUCCUCCCCUUUUGCUGAUAGCAGCAUCAGCCCAAGUGUGGCAUGCAGCCACGAACACCUGUGCUUAAACAGAGAAAGAUAUGCCUGCCACUCUGAGAAACAUUUUUCUUGGUCAACUCAAAGGAUUUUUCAGCCGUAUUUCCCAGCUUUGAAAGAGGUGGUGGUUAGAUACGGGAGCAUGCUGCUAGCAUGUGACCCCCUGGAUGAAAGAGAUUACAGGUCCUUCUCAAAAUAUUAGCAUAUUGUGAUAAAGUUCAUUAUUUUCCAUAAUGUCAU